UUACUUGGAAUUUAUAUUUUAUGUAUUUUAGAAAUUUUUGUUACAAAUAUGUAUUUUUGUAGGAUGAGGAACGACUACAGUCAAAUUCGCGAAGAGGCAUGGAAUUAGAAUCCGUGCAAAAUAAUGUAAUGCUAUUGUCAGAAAUGCUGGACUCUUACAAUGAGAAUGAAACCAGUGCAGAGGAUCUUGAAUUGAUGAAAGAGUUGUAUCAGGCAUGUGAGCGACUGAAACCCAUUUUGUUAAGACUCGCCAGCGAAACUCAAGGCAACGUCGAAAUGCUUGAUGAUGUACUAGCUGCGAGCGAUGAAUUGAAUCAAGUCUUUGAAAAAUACACAUCGAUUAUCAUUCUUGGACAAGUUCCCAAGUCUACUGCAGCAGAAGCUUCUAAGCCAAUUUGCAAUGAAUUAUCUCUAUUGGACUUGUCUCCCGCUGAGGUUCCUUGUAAGAGCAAUUCAAACACAAUGCAGAGUACGUCAUCGGCUGACCAUCGGUCGGAUAUAGACAUGUUGGGAGAUAUUUUUAGUGUUCUGGAAAAACCAAUUAAGUCUGAAGCAAGUUUCUUGAUGCCAAACGCCAUAAUGCAACCAAUUAGUAUCUCGCCUAUAAAUAAAAAAAAUGAAAUCAUCAAUACUGAGGAAGAAAAAAUUGACAGUAAAGCAAAAGCAUUGGAAGAAUUAAAUGAAUUAGGAGAAACCUUACUCAAACAAAGUUUGUCAGGCACAGUAUCAACUACACGCUUGACACAGGGCAAAACAAAUAGUAGCAUGACAAAAGUUCAAGGCAUUAUCGAUCCUAUUCGGAAACAAAUUUCGUCUCUUGAAUCUUCUAAUAACAUGUUGCAAUAUAUUAUGACGGAACAGCCAAAUACAAAAAAAUAUGAUAAAAGUAGUAAUUUGGACAUUUUGGCAUCCACAAGUUCGCCAAAAAUUAAUACAACUGUUGAAUCGUGUAAGAAAAGUACUAAUUCAGAAAUAGCAGAUGCGAAAACAGAACAGCAGGAAGUGAUGCAAUUACAUAAUGGCAUGUUGAGGAUAGUAAAUACCAUGCCUGAAAUCAAGUCAUUGACCGAUAUCACUGUCUGCCUUCACGACAUUAAGCCAGGGACAACUCCACCUUUAACGGUAAUUGAGGAGAAAAACGGUAUAAGCGUAGUGCUUCAUUUUGCUCAGGAUAGCCCUAGACCAGAUGUAUUUGUAAUAGUAAUUACUACAAUGAGUAAAAAUACAAAGCCACUUAGUAAUUAUUUAUUUCAAGCAGUUGUGUCGAAGAAAUGCAAAUGCAAACUACAAGCACCUUCUGGAACAAAAUUACCGGCGCAUAAUCCAUUUCUACCUCCAUCCGCUAUCACGCAAAUUAUGCUGAUUGCAAAUCCUCUCAAG